AUGCCGAAAGCCCUGGAGAGCUCCGUCGAGAACUCCAUCGAGGAUCUCCGCUCGAUCUAUACAGCUGCUCCGCCGAAUACCAACUAUAUACUACCCGCCCACUCGGAGAAUGCCACUGAGCAACGACGGGUUUUCUUAUGUCGCGCUGAGCUCAGAAAUAAGAAAAUGGAAGACCAAUCCUCAAUUGUCCUGAUCUUACGCAGUACUUGA